GCUCACAGGAAGUAGGGGUCCGUUAGCUAGAACCCAGAUUCCAGCACUGUUUUGUUCUUGUUACCCACACUUCCUGGGCAGAGACUCCCAGGCCACGUGGGCAGGAAGAAGGGCCCUUAAAUGUGGCCCCUCUCGGCUGCUCCUUCCAGAAGCUCAAGCUGCAAGGAAAGGCUGUGUCAAAGGCACCAUGAGCAAAAUCAGCGAGGUCGUGCAGCGGGCCAGAGCCGCCUUCAGCUCGGGCAAGACCCGCCCGCUGCAGUUCCGGAUCCAGCAGCUGGAGGCGCUGCGGCGCAUGAUCAAGGAGCACGAGAAGGACAUCGUGGGCGCGCUGACCGCUGACCUCCACAAGAAUGAAUGGAAUGCGUACUACGAGGAGGUGGUCUAUGUCCUGGAAGAGAUCGAAUACAUGAUCAAGAAGAUUCCCGAGUGGGCUGCGGACGAGCCCGUGGAGAAGACUCCCCAGACCCAGCAGGAUGAGUGUUACAUCCACUCGGAGCCCCUGGGCGUGGUCUUCAUCAUCGGCACCUGGAACUACCCCUUCGCUGUCACCAUCCAGCCCAUGGUGGGCGCCAUUGCUGCGGGGAACGCAGUGGUCACCAAGCCCUCGGAGCUGAGUGAGAACAUGGCGAACCUGCUGGCCACCGUCAUCCCUCAGUACCUGGACAGGGACCUGUACCCGGUGAUCAAUGGGGGCGUUCCCGAGACCACAGAGAUGCUCAAAGAGAGGUGUGACCAUAUCCUGUACACUGGGAACACCGCCGUGGGGAAGGUCAUCAUGAUGGCCGCAGCCAAGCACCUGACCCCCGUGACGCUGGAGCUGGGGGGCAAGAACCCCUGCUAUGUGGACAAGGACUGCGAUCUGGACAUCGCCUGCAGACGCAUCGCCUGGGGGAAAUUCAUGAACAGCGGCCAGACCUGUGUGGCCCCGGACUACAUCCUCUGUGACCCCUCCAUCCAGAACCAGAUUGUGGAGAAGCUCAAAAAGUCCCUGAAAGAGUUCUAUGGGGAGGAUGCCAAGAAGUCCCGUGACUAUGGAAGGAUCAUUAACUCCCGGCAUUUCCAGAGGGUGAUGGGCCUGAUGGAGGGCCAGAAAGUCGCCUACGGAGGCACUGGGGACGCGGCCACCCGAUACAUAGCCCCCACCAUCCUCAUAGACGUGGACCCCCAGUCCCAGGUGAUGCAGGAGGAGAUCUUCGGGCCCGUGAUGCCCAUCGUGUGCGUGCGGAGCCUGGAGGAGGCCAUCCAGUUCAUCAGCCAGCGCGAGAAGCCCCUGGCUCUCUACGUGUUCUCUCUAAACGACAAGGUGAUUAAGAAGAUGAUUGCGGAGACAUCGAGCGGUGGGGUGACAGCCAAUGACGUCAUUGUCCACAUCUCUGUGCACUCCCUGCCUUACGGGGGUGUGGGGAACAGCGGCAUGGGAUCCUACCACGGCAAGAAGAGCUUUGAGACCUUCUCCCACCGCCGCUCCUGCCUGGUGAGGCCUCUGCUGAAUGAUGAGUCCCUCAAAGCCAGAUACCCCCCGAGCCUGGCCAAGAUGACCCGUCACUGAAGUGGACCUGGCCUCCCCAUGCUGCACCCUUCCCCUCUGUCCAGCCCUAGGAGGAUUGUUCCUGGAGCCCCCGUCUUGCUCCUCUGUGGAUCAGUGCAUGCCCCCACUCCUAUCUGGGCCCUGGGCUUCCCUUCCCCAAGUCCCCACCGCCCCUUUGCUGGACAUAGAGAGAUCAAUAAAAGUUCACC